CUCGAACGGUUCCGCGGCUUGGUAUAGCGCGGUUCUAUUAUAUAUCGACAACUUUCAGUCGCGCUAAUUCAACGAUCUCGCGUUUGUUUACAGUGACGUGUGUGUAACUAAUUUCUAAACGUACCUACUCGUAUAGUGACCGUCCCGUCGCGAAUGGAUGAAACACGGUGUCAAACAUUAAACUAUCAAGUGCUGUGUAACACAAUAAAUAUGGAUUCAAACAUACACUAAGUGCAGUUAAACUGUGUCCGAAGAUGGAUGGUGGUAUUCUGAGCACCCCCCGAAACAGAUUCCAAACUCAACUGAAGAAUGCAGCGAGUGCUUUGUGCUCAAGGAAGCACAGGAGAAGCGAAGACAUGUCGGCCGCGGUGUUCAGCUCCGCUCGCCCUCACACUUAUCCUCGGGCGACAUCGACCAAACGGUCCGCCCUGUCGUGCGGAAUAGAGCCCCUUGUGUGCGAACAGCAGACCAUCGCCUUAGAGAACAGUGAACCGUUCAUGGCUGACGUCAUUCAUGUCUAUGCUACGAAAUCUAAUGGAGUCUUUAAAGGAACUCUGGCAAGAGAGGUAGCGAAUGCUUGGGAGAGGAAGGUGGGCAAGCCAGACCAGCCGGCGCCCGCCAACCGUGUCAAAAGCCUUUUCUACGACAUCCAACUUUACCCGACCGACCCCCAAGUGUUCGAAAUGCUGGUCUGCGCUAGACAGUGCGCGCGACGCAAGUCGCUCACACUCACGUUCGGCGAGUUCUGCGUGUUCGCGGCCGAGCUGCGAAGGCAUUCGAGGCAGGUCAGACAGAGUCCAAACAAACCGGAGUCACCGCAGUGGAACGUAGAGAAGGAGUUUAGGGAGAGGGAGACGAUAUGCAAACCCAAUAUCGGCAGCGAGGCGUCGUCGCUGGACUGCGAAGUGUUCCUCGGGGGGUCCUGCAACCCCACCACCUGGAGGAAAGAGAUCGCUAUACCUAAACUGAAAAAGAUGGGCAUCACGUACUUCAACCCACAAGUGGAGAACUGGUCGACGGAGCUGAUGGAGCGCGAGCACCGCGCCAAGUCGGACGCUCGCGCCCUGUUGUUCGUCCUGGACAGCGAGACGCGCGCCAUCGCGGCCAGCGUGGAGGCCGCGCUCAUCGCCGCCACGCCCAAGCUGCUGCUGCUCGUCAUGCGCCCCUACUCGCGCCACCAGAAGAUCGCGCAGGAGUCUAUCACUGAUGAAGAGUACAUUGAGCUAUCGCGAGCGCGUGCAACUUUAAAAGAAGCGGUAGAGAGGAGAGGUUUGCCCACGUUCCAUGACAUUUCGUCGGCGCUCGACAGCGCCGGCGAGGUGCUCCGCGGGCGGAACCUGACGCACCCGCGGCACAACAUCGGGAACUACAUCCACCGCCUGCGGCGGCUGUACGACGCGGCGGGCGGGCGCAGCGCGCAGCUGCCGCGCGCGCGCGCCCUCGACGCGCUGCAGGAGGCCACGCGCGUGCCGCGGGACGUCGCCGAGCGGAGCCUGCCCGCCGCCCUAGACCCCGUUGACUUUGACUCCUUCUGCGCGGCCGUUGCCGAAAUCGCAGCUGACUCAGGGCCCAGGCAGUCGCCGCGGGCGGAGGGGGUGGCCGCUCGCCUGCGGCGCGCCUUCCGUUCCUUCUGCGACAGGUUCUCACCGCUAGCCGAGAGUCGGAAUGGCCGAGAGGAGGCGGGAGCGACGGCGGGCGCGGAGGCGGAGCGCGGCGCGGAGAGCACGCCGCCCGCCGGCCUGCGCGUGCACAACGCGAGACUACGCUCCUGCGGCCGGAAACUACCUCUCCUCAUACCCAAGAACGGCGGGAACAGAAGUGAACCCGAGAGCGCUGGGGACUCUGUGCUGACGCCCGGUACGGAGCGGCGGUUGGAGGGGCUGCCGGCCAUGCUGGGCGCGCCCGCCUACGACGUGUACCUCGGCGGGACCUUCCCGUCCGGCACCCGGCCCGACGAGACGCUUCGCCGCGAGGGCUACACGUACAUAAUGCCGCGGCCGAACGACUACGCGCGCAUGUACUCUGCGCCGGCGCGCCGCUCGGCGCCCGCGCACCCAGAGUCGCCCCGGCGCGACAAGAAGCCGCGGCCCAUGACGCCCGAGCCCGAGGAGGUGACGCUGCGCGCGCGCGACGCGGACGCUGCCUCCGCACCCGCCCAGGACCGCCUCAGCGCCAGCGACUUUUACAACGUCACCGAUGACGUCACGCCGCAACCCUUCAAAGGAACGUUCGACGAGGACCAGUUGCUGGGGUCGCGCGUGCUCGUGUUCUCGAUCAGCGCGGAGGCGCCGUGCUUCGCGACCAUGGUGCUGGCGGCGCACUACAUGGGCCUGCAGACCUCCAAGACCGUGCUCAUCGUGCAGCCCAUGGACCCGGCCGCCACGCAUCCGUACAGCAAAGUAGCCGUGCAGGACUACAACCGAGGGCGGACGUACCUGUCGGACCUGGCGAAGCGCGAGGGCAUCCCCGUGUUCGACAACGUGGACGCGGCCAUGGAGUGCGUGCUCGCGCGCCUGCAGCCCGCCGCGUAGCCAUGGCGACGAGGCUCCCCUCUCCAGGCGGACCUGCACACAUGUCUGACAAGCGUGGACUCGGUAUGCGUGCAAAUUAUACGGGUGAAUCGUUAAGCGUCGAUACUUACUUCAGCAGGAGAUUGUAUACGUGAACAAGUGAAUAGACCGUGCUGUCUAUACGAUAUGCAGAGACUUCAGUAUACAUCACAUUUUAGUUUUAAUUAUAACCACGUAGGUUAAUCUUAGGGAAAAAUAGGCUGACUAAAAAGAUUUUACGUGAUUACAAUCGCCUAUUGCAAAAUGAUACUGUAUUUGGACUCGUAAACGACUUUUUUGAUGAAGUUGGGACCCAGUUAAACAUAGCUGCGUAAAUAACUCAGACACAUCUAUUUAUAGAAGCACAAAGGGCGUAGCCGAGCUUAGAAUUGUUAAUCUUCAACACCAAUCGAAAAGUAGAUAAUGUUUUAAAUGAUCCUUUUCGGGGACAGUCGUUGAGUCAUUCAUAUCGACGAAUUACGUUUACACAUGGGUUGCGCCUAAAUAAAGGGCUAACAUUCAUCCACCACCCUCACAACCUUUAGGCCAAUAUAAAACUGUGUCUCGAGAAUGCCACUUCACAAUGCCAUUAAUCAAAAAUACAGUAAUCCGGCCGCUUCAUGUCUGCCUACUCUUAAUAAGUAAAUGUUACAGGUAAU